AUGUUACUUGUAGCAUUGAUUGUGGCAUCCUUGCCAUGUGUCGCCCAAGCCAAAGGAGGAGAGAUUGGGCAGGUCCCUGUCCUGAACUUGGCAGGGGACUUUGCUGGAGGCAAUGCACGACAAAACAUCUGCGAUCGGUACGAGGAUUUUGCCACCGGCAAGACCCAGCUUCGAGAUGCUCUUUCCGGAAUGAAGCUAACUGCAGUCUUUAUGAGUGAUGAGUUCCUCAAUUACACAACUGAAGAGGGAAUGAGCCCCGAGGAUCCAGGAAUCUUAGCAGAGAUCAUGGAUGUCUUGGCUGAACGGGCAAAUUUUACAUGGCGAGACUCAUUUGGUGUGAUGGAGCCAGGCAACUUCUUGGACAAGUCAUGGACUGAGAGGUUGAUUUGGUCCGUGGAGAACUUUGAUAUUGCUGUCAGCUCGUAUGAUCAUUCCCUGGAGCGAAUGGAGAGGGGUGCCAGCUUCACAGAAGCCUGGUAUGACGGCAGCUUGAUUCUGGUGGAUCAGAGAGACCCUCCCGAGCCCAGCAAUGUCAAUCUGUUGAAUUGGGCCAAGCCCUUUGAACUGGCUGUAUGGGCUGUUAUUGGCAUGACAAUCAUACUAUCUGCCGUAGUUUACCAGCUGAUUGAGCAGCUCAGUGAUGAAAGAGAAGACAGAUCCUUGUUCCAGUGGUUCUCCGACAAUCUCUACCUAAGCUCCCUGAGCUUCACCCAGAACUUUGAGUAUGCCCCCAACAGUGUUGCGAAAAAGAGAGAAGCAAGAUUGGCAGUGUAG